GCAGUUGAGACACCGACUAUAAUCAUCAUGGGGAAGUGAAGAUGCCAAAAGAUUCGUGGAGAGUUGCCGUCAAGCUACGGCCGAACAGCAGACGUUGAUCUUCUUCCCCUUUGAAGGCCUUAGUCGGUCGAAAGUUACUGCGCCUUGAUUUCGCACUAUGGAUGCUCCUCCGUAUUGUGUGCGUAUUUGAGGUGCCAUCGUGGACUUCUUCUGUGCUCCCUUGCAGCCUUGCCAAAGCGGCUUUGCGGACAACGGCGCCUUCUAUGCAUGGCGGUCGGGCUGGAAGCGAACAAAUUGCCGCCUGCUCUUGUGCAUGCCUGUCGGCGUCGUGUGGGUCAAGCUGUUGUGCUUCACAUUUCGGAUGCUAUGAGCGAAUCGAGAGCUUACUCAAAUAUUCAGGUCUGGCACGUACACACUCUCAGGGCCAACUAGAGGAGACUGGGGCAGUGUUGCCGCUUAAACCUUGCGCCUUGGAUAAAGGGAAUGGUUGACACCCGGGGUGUACUUUUGCGGGUCGGUUUCAAGGAGCAUCCUUGUUGCUAUUGUUGACUUCUGUCAGUACCGAGCUUGGCCGAGAUGUGUCUCUGAAGCAGGCGAGAGGAU